AAGAAAUCUGCAUUACCAUCACGGUUAAAAAGGUGACAGUUGCAAAUUUUCAGCUGAAUAUCGAAAAUUACAGUUAUUAUUUGUAUAAUUUGAUAACCCGCUUGUGGGACCAAAUAAUAAGUUUUUGUCGGUAUUUAAAAAAAAAUCGAGCACAAUGUUAAUCAAAGUUAAAACUCUUACCGGUAAGGAGAUUGAGAUUGACAUAGAACCGACAGAUAAAGUCGAAAGAAUUAAAGAACGAGUAGAGGAAAAAGAAGGGAUUCCACCACAGCAACAAAGGUUAAUCUUUUCAGGAAAACAAAUGAAUGAUGAAAAGACUGCUCAAGACUAUAAAGUUCAAGGCGGUUCUGUCCUGCAUUUAGUUUUAGCACUUCGUGGUGGCACAUCAUUCUAAGUUCACCCUUUGGUUCAUCUUUAGAUUACUAUGUAAAUCAUUUAAUAUUCAUUCUUAUUUUUUGAUUCCUUUGUUUUAAUAAAUGUAUGUGGUAACUUAAAA